AUGAGCCUUGAAGACAAAUUCCAGGCGGCCGUUGAUAUCAUUCAGAAAUUGCCUAAGGAUGGUCCUCUUGCCACAUCGAACGAGGAGAAGCUGAAGUAUUAUGCUUACUUUAAGCAGGUGACCGUUGGUGAUGUCAACACGGAGCGCCCAGGAAUGUUCAGCUUUGUUGAGAAGGCCAAGUGGGAUGCCUGGAACGGCGUAAAGGGUACUUCCAAGGAAGAGGCCAUGCAAAAAUACAUUGAUUGCGUCAACCAGUCAUUCGAAAAGGCUUCCGGCCAAAUUGACGUCGAUGAGUGGUUGUCUGGUGAUGGACUCGACCCCUCUAUCAAGCUCAACCUCGCCAAAAUCAAUGGAAAA